AUUGAUUAAACAUGCACGGAGACGCCCUCCCUCUGUCUCCCGGGGAAAAGAGCUGCACGGAGCGGGUCUUAAACACGUUUUUAAUUGCAACCAGAAAGCGAGUUAUAAGAAUUCAAAUGAGGCUUUUGACACCAGUGAUAUAAAUCACCACGCAGCGAUCAAAUAAAAGAUGACACCUUGAUUAAAACUACCGUGCAUUUAUCAUACGUCGACUGGUGUAACUAUAGAGACUACCUACUGAAUUAGGGCGUAAAGUGCGGAGGAGGCCACAUUCGGGGUGUGAGACGUACAUUAAAAACACUUACGGUACAUACUGUAUAUGACUUCCCGUGCCCUAAAGGAGGCGGAGAUCAAUAAUGGGACUGUACACUUAGACGCACAAAAUGUACAAAUUGAAUAUCUUGGAUUUAGGGCGCUAGACUGAGAAACAAGCUUUGCAGGACACCGAACGCUGAGAUCUGGGAAUGCAAAGGUUGAGAACUGGAAAAUCAGUUAGUUACUAGUACAUCGAGGUAUGGCAGUGAAAUCUGGGUGGAGUUGGCACAGAGCGCAGUGGUGGACGAUUAGGAGGAGGUGGCUUGAUAAAUCUAAGGUGGAAGGAUCAAGGUGUGCGAGAUGCAGAUGACAUACGGGGAACAGAAAGCCUCAUGCUGGCAGAGUCAAAAGGCACAGGGCAUAGACUGGCCAGAUCCUAUAGGUGGUCUCAUACUAAGGAGUGAAGUAAGCAGGACACUACACCGAGGAUUGUAAAGUAACAGGCUCGCCCAACUGAAGAGCAGGGACCACCGAGGACAGAUUGCUCCGUUUUCACCGCCUGCCACCCGAAGUGGACACAUUAAGGUGCACUGAUCGCAAAUUCCAAAACCUAGAAAAAAAAGCCUCAUUUUUAUUUUUUUUAUUUUUUUUACAAACUGGGUAACAGAGUGCACAGACUGGCAAGAGCCUUAUCUGCAAAACCUCGAAGUAGGAGGACUGUGGUGCGCGGGACUAUACAUCGGAGGAAGCCUGGAGUAGCGGGGUUCGCACUGUGAAUGCCAGGGGAGCUUCGGUCGCCGACUGUUUCGGUUCUGCCGCCUGCAGAUGUGAACCGGGAGGUGUGUCUGAUCAUGACAUCAUUCAGCUCUCCUUCCAGAUAGAGCGCUGCUGGGGAGCGGAGAAGAGACUGAGCUGCUGCAGCCAGAACGGAGCCUUCGCUUCCCAUCACGGUACCCGCGGGAGCACCUGGACGAUGAACCCCCCGGGUUUGUGCCUCGCACUCGGGGACAAAGGGAAGGGGGCACAGAGCCACGCCCGACGUCCACCAGUCCAGCUGGUGAAUGCCGUGUCCUAAAGAUGAAGUUUGGAAGCGGUACUUGCAUCCUAAAUGUAGGUGGCACCAAGUAUGCCUUCCCAGGGGACGUGAUCAAGAACUUCCCGCUGCGAAGGGUGAGUCGGCUCCAUAGCUGCGCGUCCGAGCAGGAGGUGCUGGAAGUGUGCGACGACUACGAUCGUGAGCGGAACGAAUACUUCUUCGACAGACACUCGGGGGCUUUCGGCUGCAUCAUGCUCUACGUGAAGUACGGCAAGCUACGCUUCGUCCCGCAAAUGUGCGAGCUGUCAUUCUAUAACGAGAUGAUCUACUGGGGACUGGAGAGCUCGCAGCUCGAGUUCUGCUGCCAGCGACGUCUGGACGACAGGAUGUCCGAAACCUACACCUACUUCUCCGAGGAGGACGCUGAGUUGCGGCCAAACGAGUUGGCCACUCGGGGCAGCGGCAAGUGGCUGGAGAGAAUGCGGAGGACUUUCGAGGAGCCCACGUCCUCAGUGGCCGCGCAGAUCCUCGCCUCGGUGUCCGUCAUCUUUGUCAUCGUGUCCAUGGUGGUUUUGUGCGCCAGCACCCUGCCGGACUGGAAAACGGCCGAGAACAACAGCGUAGAGGAGCACAGGUAUAGCGACAAAUUUGGGGAUCCAUCCGGGGUGAUCGAAGCAGUGUGCAUUGGUUGGUUCACGGCAGAGUGCAUUGUACGCUUCAUUGUGUCCAAGGACAAGUGUGAGUUUGUGCGUCGGCCCCUGAACAUUAUUGAUUUGCUGGCCAUCACCCCCUACUACAUUUCAGUGCUGAUGUCGGUGCUGACCGGCGAAAACUCUCAGUUGCAGCGAGCUGGAGUCACCCUGCGAGUGCUCCGCAUGAUGAGAAUCUUCUGGGUGAUAAAGCUGGCACGGCACUUCCUUGGCCUGCAGACCCUGGGGCUGACACUGAAGCGCUGCUACCGCGAGAUGGUCAUGCUGCUGGUCUUCAUCUGUGUGGCUAUGGCCAUAUUUGGCGCCCUGUCUCAGCUUCUGGAGCACGGGUUGGACCUAGAGAUGAGCAAUGAGGACUAUGCCAGCAUCCCGGCGGCCUGCUGGUGGGUUAUUAUCUCCAUGACCACAGUUGGGUAUGGAGACAUGUACCCCAUCACCAUGCCAGGAAGGGUGCUGGGGGGUGUUUGUGUGGUCAGUGGUAUUGUCCUUCUGGCACUCCCCAUUACUUUCAUCUACCACAGCUUUGUCCAGUGCUACCACGAACUGAAGUUUCGCUCUGCACGUUGCAGUCGCAGCCUGUCAGCCGAGUUUCUCAACUGACCUGAAGGACUGGGCUUACAUGGGGGAAGGAACACUGUGUGUUGAAUGAGCUUGAGAUUUCCAACUUCAAGAGGGAAGUGGCAGAUUUAGCAGAUCGACACAGAGGUAGAGUAUGUCUGUUUCUUUCGCCCAUCAUCUGCAGUCCUUGGUAGCCUACCUGGGGCAGCCGGAACUGUGCUUGCAGCCUCUCUGAGGCCAGCAGCCCAGUAUGACAUCAGGGCGCAGAACUGGGAGAGGUCAAUGGCAAGGAAGGGGCAGAAACGGCUGCCCCGAGGAGGAGCCAGUAAUUCAGGGUGCGGGCUGGAGCGAAAGUCUGCUAAAUCUGACCCUGCACAAAGCCUUAUAACGAGGAGAUGGCAGACUUCACGUGCACAUCCGCACCGUCUCAGCAAAUCGCAACCCGGUUAGCAUAGCACUUAAAAAGUAUGGCCAUUUUCUUGUGACUUUAGAUAUUCUUUAAUUAGGGAAGUCUGUUUCUUGCACUUCAUGACACUGCCUGUUUGCUCUAGCUUCUUGGCUGCCUCCAUGACUCACUGCUUAUAUGUCCUGAAAGCAGACCUGGCCUCCUCGGGAGGCAAUUUAAUGAUACCGUCUCUGACAACCGUCUGGGACUCUAAAGGCAGCUUGUCCAGUAUAUGGAUGACUUUGCCGUCCGUGUAGUCACUGGGUAUCUGUCAGCGCCUGAAUAUCUGAAGGUCAGUAGUGACGGCCAAGGACAAUUUGUGUUGAAGAUCAGGUUAAGUAGUGGUGGGAGGUGGAGGCCAACUGUUGACUGUGGAAAGGGUUAAUUCCGCCUGUUUGAUCCUCCGUAUGGAUAAAGCUCCUUAAGUACCCCAGUAGGUGUAAAUGUAUCCGAAUUAAGCUCCACCAGGUGUUCAGGUUUUUUGCGGGGCUACCCUCAGAUUGGCAUGUGGACUCUCAGGAGCAUGGGCAUUUGUGCCAGGUUUGUCAGGGUGUAAGGCAGGUGUGUGUGUUGUGUCCGGGUGUCUCCAGGCUCUGUGGUAUGUUGGUCCAUCUGUACCUGCCAGUGGUAAGUGUGCUUCAACUCCGAAGAGGGCAUACGCUUAAUUAUGGAGCACUUGGCGGGGAGGUCUUGUGAUUGUACAACAGUAGGGCUGACAUCUGGUGAGUAUGGGCAGCGUAAUGAGAGACAAGACAGAGAGAAAAAGGGAUUGUGGAUCCACCCCGUAUAUAUUGUAGUAAGCACUGGAAUAAUACGCAACGUCAAAGUAAUCAUAUGAGACUGAGUCCGGAUGAGACUGACUGGAAGGUCAAGUGGUUGGGUCUUUUAUAGGUCGGUGGGCAGGAGGAGGCAGGUCCUUGGUGGAAAUGAGGUCAAUAGGAGGGCAGCAGAAGUGGGUGGAGCUCUAGUUGGUCUUUUCUUCUGGUGGUCUGCGAAAGAGGGCAUUAGUGCAGCUCAUCAACCCCUGGUUCUGCGUCUUAGACCCAGAGUGUGUGACAGCAGGUAUGUCACGAUCUACAGAAGUAGUAGGUUCGUGUGAGCCUGUGCAAGCCUUUCAGGGUCACGGUGAGAUUAUCUGGUGGUGUGGAUUCUCUUGUCAGGGCUUUCGCCUUUAAGCAUAGCUGUGUUUGGGUGGGUGUAGGACUGUUUGGGGUCUUUUUCGUUGGUAGCAGGUGAGUUUGGAUUAAGCUCUUUUGGGCGUACGUAUGUAGACAAACUCCAGCACGUCACUGCCAGCUUAAGUAUAUCCAACAGGCAAGUUCAGGAAAGUAUGGUAUCUGGUCCUUACAGUUGAGGCCUCUCCUCCAUUCUGCCAGAUCCAGUGUUACCUUCUGCUUAUAUGAGAGCGUAAAAGGAUAAAGUUCAUAGUCCAUAAAAUGUCAAGAGCUGUAGGCCAGUUUCAUAGAUGCAGGGGUCAUGUUGUCUUAUAUUUAAUGGCUGCCUAUUUUUAGAAAGACAAACAGUCCCUUGGGGUGAGGACUAUAGGCAAGUCCCGACUCCAUUCUGCUCUCCUCCCUGUCUUUCUUCUGAGGGGUAUAGGGCUAGGGAUUGUGGGUAUUCAUGAGUGUACAAAGGCACAGCUUUGCUUGUUUCACUUUUCUAUCACUUGUCUUUAUAUAAAUUCCCAGCUGUCCAGAGUGUGGACCUCUUAGUUUGUCCCCAGGCUGGGCUCUGCUGCACCACAAUACUGACCUGUUCUGGAUAUUUUGUACAUUGCAGUUUGUGAAUCUAAUAAAUUUUUUCUUUGCA